AUGGCUCCAAAUAUGAGCGAACUAGUUCACAAAGAUUCCACUAGUGCUAUUGCAACAUUUUUCUCCAAUAAAACUAUUUUCGUCACUGGUGCGACCGGAUUUGUUGGAAAGUGUUUGUUAGAAAAAUUAGUUCGAUCAUGCCCUGACAUCGAUCGUAUUCAUGUAUUGAUCAGAGGUAAACACAAUGUUACGCCUCAAGAACGCUUAACGAAAUUAUGCAGUUGUCCGCUCUUCGAUACGAUUCGUUUGAUUAAUCCUAAUUUUGCAUCAAAAUUCAACGCUAUGGAGGGCGAUGUGACGUUACCUAAUUUUGGUUUGAGCAAAACUGAUGAAGCACUCCUGAUCGAAAAAUGUCACAUUGUAUUUCAUUCUGCAGCAACUAUUCGAUUUGAUGAACCAUUGAGAAAUGCGAUGCAAAUCAAUGUCGGAUCUGUGGCAAAACUCAUCGAAUUAUGCACGAAAAUGGCUUCGGUUCAGGCAGUAAUACAUGUUUCUACAGCAUAUGCUAAUUGCAAUGAAUCACAUAUUGAGGAAGCUGUCUAUCCCACUUCAAUCGCUCCUGAACAACUGUUAAAAGCAUGUGAAUGGAUGGAUACGUCAAUGUUAGAUUUAAUCACCCCAGAAUUGAUCCGUCAUCUACCCAAUACGUAUACUUUCACAAAAGGUUUAGCUGAAGCCUAUCUUAAUACACAUGCUCAACAUUUACCUCUUGCUAUUUUCCGCCCAUCAAUUAUUGGCCCUACAUGGCAAGAACCAGUUCCUGGUUUUAUCGAUAACUACAGCGGUUACACUGGCAUCAUUGUUGCAUCUGUUUCUGGCUUUAUGCGUGUGAUGAAUGCCAAUCCAACAAUCCAACCAAAUUGUAUUCCAGCUGAUGUUGUUAUCAAUACGAUGAUAACUCUUGCCUGGCAUACAGCAACGCAAGCAUCGAGGCAACCCUUACGACAAAAAGCCGAUAUGUUACCGGUCAUUCAUUGCUGUGCAGCAGGACGACGAAGUAACAACAAAUCUGUUUCUAGUCAGCAAUACAUUGAUAUUAUUGCUGAGCAACUUGAUUCACAUAAAAUUGCUUUUCAACGAUGUUUGCGAUGGCCUGAAUUGACUCUGAUUACAAACAAAUAUGUUUAUGGAAUUCGACAUUUCUUCCAAGAAGUCAUAUUCGCUUAUCUUCUCGAUCUCAUUAUGAUCAUCACGAAAAAUAAACCAAUUUUCGUUCGUCUGUUGAAUAAAAUGACGAAAUCUCUACAAGUUCUCGACUUCUUUUCCAAUAACAAUUGGACGUUUGCAAGUGAAAAUAGUGAAAAAUUGUUCGAUAUUAUGAGUACGAAUGAAAUCGAUCGUCAGUUAUUCAAUUUCGACGUACAAGAUCUUAAUUGGGUUGAAUACAUCCGAAAUCAUGUUCUUGGUGUGAAAAAGUACUUAUUGAAAGACGAUAUGGAUCGAAUGACACAAUGUUAUGAACGAAAUCUCAGAUUGAAACUUGCACAGCAAUUGAUUUCGGCUAUUCUACUUACUUUUUUGUCAUUAGCUUUUAUUCAUACUGUCAAACAUAUUGUUGUUUAA